AUGGCAGACAAAAUUUUCCCAAAGCUGCCCGACGAGAGCGGGCAGCAGCAGCAGUCCGCGCAACAGCAUCCGCCUUUAAUCCCCCCCCCAGCCGACAUCCUCAGCGGCGCUGCUGCGGCGGCGGCGCAAGCGGCGGCGGCGGCAGCAGCCUCCGUUCCCCCUGUCCCCGCGCUCUCCUCCAUCUCCGCCUCUCUCGCCACCCUCGCGCGCGCCCGCAGCUCUUCCGCCUCCGCAUGGACCAGCAGUGCCGCUGGCGGAACGCCGGACGGCGGGGGGCGCGGCAGCGGCCGGUGGGCAAACGGGAUUGGCGGAGGCGGACUAGGCGGAGGUUGGGGGGGCGCACUGGGCGCGGGGGCGCUGGGGGGAAUCGGGUACAUCGGGGGAGUGUUCGGGGGCGGGGGAGGAGCGGGCAAGGCGGAGGGGGGAACAACUAUGGGCGGAAAAUUCUGGUCGUCCGCUGCCUCGGCCGCGGCUGCCGCCGUAAAUCACGCCGCAGGCAACGCUGACGGCGCCGGGAGCGGCAGCAACGACGGGGGCAACGCAGGAGGAGACGAGGCGAGCGGGAAGAGCGGCGGCAGCAGCGGGGGCGGGGGCGGGAGCGUGAAGGAAGGGGGGAAGGGGAAAGGUGGAAGCGAGGGCGGGAUGGGCAUUUUGGCGUUUGAGGUGGCGGCGGCAAUGCUGCGCGCAUUGGAGUUGUGGGAGCUGCUGGAUAUCAAACACAUGGGCCCUCUCAAACACACCCUCGCUGCGGAGGGCGUGGUGAAGCUGAUAGCAGGAGACGAUGACUUGAGAUGGAAGCUCGCAGGUCUAGAGCGGGCGCGAGAGCUGGGGGUGCUGGCGCGGAUGGUGUGCAUGCUGGGCAAGCGCUGCAGUGACGUGCGGCUGCACGGCCUGCCACAGCGCCUGGCGGACCUGCAGGCGCAGAGUGCCGGGCCCAACGCACUGCUCUUCCACCCCAAGGAAGAGGCCUUCCUGCUCAAGUAUUUGGAGGAAAUGGUAGCAGCAACGAGCACGUUGCAUCUUGAGAUGACCACCCUAGACAACCUCCUGCCAAGUUCGCACCCGCUGCGGCUGUCACGGAUGGUGCGGGAGGGGCUGGGAAGGUCUGGCAGCCUGGGCGUGGGGGCGCUCUCACAGGACCGCAUUCAGGGCCAGGUGGGUGCAGGGAAGGUGGGUGCAUGGCAGGUGGGCGCAUGGCAGGUGGGUGCAUGGCAGGUGGGUGGGUGCAUGGCAGGUGGGUGCAUGGCAGGUGGGUGCAUGGCAGGUGGGUGCAUGGCAGGUGGGAGGGGGAAGCGUGGAGCAGAGUGGGGAGAGAUGAAGCUAGUGGAGCGGUUGCAGAAGGAGUCACUAUGGUGUGAAGACUUUGACAAGUCCGUUCUGCUGCUAGCAGCAGCAGUGGUGAUCCUAUCGCGCCGCCUGCGUCUGCUAUUCGGCUCCCCCGAGGUGGACGCGCAGCACACGGCGCACACGCUGGGGGAGAGGGGCCUCGCACUGCACUACGCGCACACGCUGCUGCUCGUGGAGCGCAUUGUCAACAAGCCCACUGCGCUGCUGCGCGUGCAGAGGGACGACCUAUACCGGCGGUUACCCGGCAACGUGAAGCACCAGCUGCGCGUGCGGCUCAACCAGCGCACGCGCCCCUUUGACAUCGAGGCAGCGGCGGAGAUCCGGCGCACGUUAGAGUACAUGCUGGGGUGGCUGCUGCCCAUGGCGCACUCCACUAUCACGUGGCAGACGGAGCACAGCUACGGGUGUCAUUUGAGUAAACGCCACCGCACGCUGCAAGUGCAGGUGGGGUUGAUGGGGAGAAACGGGGGGAUGGGGAGGCGUGGAGGGGGGGGAAGGGCUGGGUUUGUCUGGGUGGGUGCGUUGGAGUGGUUGCACUGGGAUGGAGUUGUGGGUGUCCGGUGUGUUUGGUGGGACUACAUAUUAUGCACAUCUCGUACACACCCCUCCCCUCUUCCCCACUCACCCUCCUCUCUCCACUCACCCUCCCCUCCCCACUCACCCUCCCCUCCCCACUCAACCUUCCCUCCCCACUCGCCCUCCCCUCCCCACUCAACCUGUCCUCCACUCUCCCCUUCCCUUCCCCACUCUCCCCUUCCCUUCCCCACUCUCCCCUUCCCUUCCCCACUCUCCCCUUCCCUUCCCCACUCUCCCCUUCCCUUCCCCACUCUCCCCUUCCCUUCCCCACUCUCCCCUUCCCUUCCCACUCUCCCCUUCCCUUCCCCACUCUCCCCUUCCCUUCCCCACUCUCCCCUUCCCUUCCCCACUCUCCCCUUCCCUUCCCCACUCUCCCCUUCCCUUCCCCACUCUCCCCUUCCUUCCCCACUCUCCCCUUCCCUUCCCCACUCUCCCCUUCCCUUCCCCACUCUCCCCUUCCCUUCCCCACUCUCCCCUUCCCUUCCCCACUCUCCCCUUCCCUUCCCCACUCUCCCCUUCCCUUCCCCACUCUCCCCUUCCCUUCCCCACUCUCCCAUUCCCCUUCUGCCCGCAUCCCCCGUCCUCCCCUCCUCCCCUCCCUCUGUCCUCCCGCCUCCCCCCCCCCCUCCACCCCUCCAGACGCUGUACUACGCGGACAAGGACCGGUUCGAGGUGUGUCUGGUGGAGCUGCUGGUGGGUUUGAGCUACAUCUCGCGCCCCCCCGGGCUCACCAACCUGCAGCCCGGGGAAGAGGGCCCCUGGCGCCUCUGGCUCACCACUGGCGGACACAUUCCCCCUGUUGGCGCGGAUGGGCGCGUGGGGAAGGACAGGGGGCGCGGGAGGGGGGAGGGGCGGGGGAGAGGGGAGGGGAGAGGGAGAGGGGAUGGGAAGGGGCGAGGGGAGGGGCGAGGGAGAGGUGGGGUUGGGAGGGGGAGAGGGAGAGGGGUGGAGGGGAGAGGGAGAGGGGAGGGGAGAGGGAGGGGGGUGGACGGGAGUGGGAGGGGAGGGGAAGGGAGGGGGAUGGGGGGAGAUGAGCGAGGCCGGAUAAGGGAGGAGAGGGAGUGGGGAGGAGAAGGGAGAGGGGCGAGUAGCAGUGGUGGGGAGAAGAGAGGGGCGCAGGGGGAGGAGAAAGGGGCGGAGGGGAGGGAGGGAGGUGAGAGGCGAGUGGGAGGGAGUGGGACGGGAGGUGGGGGUACUACAGGCGGAAGAAAGGAAGACAGUGGAAACAGUGGUGGUGCUGAUGGUGCCACAAGCGCGGCGGGGCAGGUGGGGUGCGACGGCGAGGGUGGCAGGUCAGGUGUAGAGGGAUCAGCGGAUAGGCCAGGAGGCACUGCUGUGCAGGGAGGGAUGGUGGGAGAGGCAGCAGUGGGGAGGGGAGCAGGGGGAGGGGGGCAAGGUGCAGAGCCAACGCAGCAAGGUGAUAGAGGCGGCGGUGGGGGAGGCGGCGAUGGGGAUGGGGAUGGGCUUGAGGGUAGGAGCAUGGGGUGUGCUGUAGGGGCAGGGGCGUGUGCAGGGGGGGGUGGAGAUGGGGAGAGGGAGGGGCAGGGGUCAGGGGCAGGUGCGGCAUGUGGGGAGGGGGCGGGGAGAGCAGCAGGGGAGGGUGGAGGAGGGGAAGCAGCAGGGGCAGAAGCGAGGGCAUGUGGGGAAGUUGCAGAUCAUGCAACCCCUGGAGGUGAUGAUGCUGCUGCUGAUGCCGAUGCAUGCGCUGAUGGCAAUGCUGGUGACGACGGUGGUUGUGAAAAGCAGCUUGGGGUUAUUGCUGCUGUUGCAGCACUCACAGCACCGACUGCUGAAUUCACUGAAUCAUCUGCAGCAGCAUCAGCACGGGGAGCAGCAUCACAGCAGGGUGCAGGGAGUGGGGAGGCAGAGGAUUUAAGUGUGUCGGAAGGGGAGGGGUUAAAGCGGGAAGGGUUGUCAAGUGGAGUGGGUGGGAAAGAGGCCAGUGCAGGCGGGUUGGGAGGAGAGGGAAGAACUGGUGGUGGCGUGGGGCUUGGGGGGGGUGCUGGAUCACCUCCGAACACACACGGUGUUGGAGGGGAGUGUGGGAAGGAGAGGCAAGGGGGUGGCGCAUCGAGCAAGACUGAGGAGGGAGGCGAUAGGGAUGGGAGUGAGGAGAAGGGUGGCUAG